AUGCAUGCAUGCGUGCAUGCAUGCUCGCCUCCUCUCUCACAGCAGGACUUGCGGAGGCCUUCAAGCUCUGCUGCAGAGGAUGCGCAGCGGCAGAGCGAAGUGGUCGCAGUCGAGGAGUCCUCGGGGCUUCACUUCGUUCUGUUCGGCUCGCUGCUCCUGACAAUCCUUUACUUCUUCAUGAAGUACCUGAUCUAUCUUCUGCUGUUCCUCUUCGCCUCAGGGGCAGUGUCCACAACCUGCGUGUUGCUCGAGCCGGCCUUCGCAUCUUGCUUCCCAGCACUGCGAGCAAAGAAGGCUUGCACACUGCCGGACGUGGUCGUUAAUGUGCUGGGGGUCGAGAAGGAGCAAACCUGGACGGAGGUUUUGUCCGAACUGGUUGGUGUAGCGCUUGCAGUCUGUUUCUUGAUCUUCCGGAACAAUGACGACAUCGGUUGGGCUCUGCAGGACAUCAUCGCCAUCAUGUUUCUGCUUACCCUGCAACGCACAGUGCGGCUACCGAACCUGAAGGUAGGGACGCUGCUGCUGAUCUGCACGUUCUUCUUCGAUAUCUUCUGGGUGUUUAUCUCACCUGUGAUCUUUAAGAAGUCCGUGAUGAUCGAGGUGGCCACCGGAGGAGGUACCGGGCAGAGUGUGCCCAUGGUUCUGAAGAUCCCUGCGCUCGACGGCGAGCUGCCGGGGCAGUUCAAGAUCCUGGGCCUCGGUGACAUUGCCAUUCCCGGGCUCCUGAUCUCACUGCUGCUUCGGCACGACUUGGUGAAACGCCAUCGGCGAUGUGCGGGGUACUUUCUGGCUGGCGUUAUCGGCUAUGGCGUCGGUUUGCUAGCGACCUUUGUGUCGUUGUACUUGAUGCAGCACGGCCAGCCGGCCCUCCUUUUUCUGGUUCCCGGCACGCUUAUUCCCACCUGCUUCAUUGCGCUGCGGAAGGGCGAGCUGAAGGACCUUUGGGCGGCUAACUACGGCCCUGAGCCCCUGGAAGGUGACGUGGAGAAGCAAUCUUGA